AUGGCUCCCACCAGGUCUUUCCCCGCCGGCAUCCACGUCCCCAGUCUGACCUGGUUCGGCGACGAUGCCAACCAGGAGAUCGACUGGGACGUCCAGACCAAGCACAUUGAGUUCCUCGUCAAUUCAGGUCUCCACGGCGUGGUAUUGGCCGGAACCAACGGCGAGGCCGUCACCCUGACCAACGACGAGAAGGCCAAGCUCGUCAAGACCACGAGGGAGAUCGCCGUCAAGGCUGGGCGCCCCGACCUGGCCAUCACCAUGGGCUGCGGCGGCCAGUCGACCCGCGCCGUCAUCGAGGAAACCAGGCUCGCCAAGGACGCUGGCGCCGACUACGCCCUCGUUCUCGUCCCCAGCUACUUCCACUUUGCCAUGAACGAGGACGCCAUCGUCGGCUUCUUCGAGGAGCUCGCCGACGCCAGCCCCGUCCCCGUCAUCAUCUACAACUUCCCCGGCGUCGCCGCCGGCCUCGACGUCAACUCGGACAUGCUCUCCCGCCUCGGCCGGCACCCCAACAUUGUCGGCGUCAAGCUGACCUGCGGCGGCAUCGCCAAGGUCGCCCGCGUCCGCGCUGAGUUUGAUCCGUCCGAGUUCUUCGCCCUCGCCGGCCAGAGCGACUGGCUCGUGCCCGCCCUGUCCGUCGGCAGCAACGGCACCAUCACGGGCGUCGCCAACCUGUACCCCCGCUACUGCGUCGAGAUCUUCGAUCUGUACAACGCCGGCAGGCUGCAGGAGGCCUCGGCCGCCCAGCUCAAGCUGGCGCAGAUGGAGUGGGCGUUCGGCAAGGGGGGCAUCAACGGCACCAAGUGGGUUGUCGCCAAGUCGCACGGCUACCCCCUUGCCAGCUGCCACUGCAGGCGUCCCUACCCCCAGUACACCGACGAGAAGAAACAGGCUUGGAUCUCGGAGCUGGUGGCGCCUUUGGCCGAGGAAGAGGGUAAGCUGAGCCAACGUGCUUAG